AUUCUAGCUGUACACUUAACGAAAAUGUUCGAUGCCAAAUGGUUACCGGCCGCAUGUGGCACUCUGGCACCCGCGCUAAUACCACCCGCACACAUGGCAAUUUUAUGGUAUUUUUGGGAGAAUUAUGCCCGCUAUGUGGAUAAACAUUUUUGUACCUGCUCCUGUUGGGAUACAGUGUUUAAGGGUCCCUAUGAAUCGGGUGUGGCCGCCUAUAAGCACAUGUAUUUCAAUGCGACACAGAAUACUUUUAAGAUGUGGCUGCUGACAGUGAUCGCGGUCAUUGGCCUGUACGAGUGUAUCAAACGUCUGAUUGUCCUGAUAAUGCAACAGCGGGUGCGCUAUUCAAUGUUGGUACUCUUCAGUUUGUCGAUAUUCUCACAUUAUUAUGCAUGGUGGGCAUAUCUGAAUUAUUACAAUGAUGAUUACUAUCAGCAGUGGAAUCAUCAGUUAUUUUUCACGUUAACCGAAAUUAUGGCCUCUGUUAUGGUAAUGCAUUUGGCCGACAGCACCAAUCUGGUGACAACGAAAAAAAUCUUCUGCAUCGUUGGCAUUGCGAUACUGCACAUUGUGGCCAGCAGUUUCGAUCAAUUCUUUUUAAAUGUGGUACGCGGUGAAGGUUAUGCCCAUCAAAUUGUACGCGAUAUUGGUUUUAUGGUACCCGAUAUAAUGCAGCUGGUGAUACCACUAUGGCUGUUGAAUCGUGUCCGCAAAGAAUCGUACAGUACCCGACCAUUCUAUCGAGAUCGUAGCCUACACAAAGAUAUCGUUGCCAUGGUCUUCUUUGUGAUCGCUCUAUUUGCGAUUUGUACGAUUUUGUGAGAUUUACUUUAUGA